UUUGAUCCGUCCCCAAUCCUUGAGCCCUUGGAGCGUGUUGGGGGGUCGCAGCGGAAAAAAAUGUCAGGACCUUCAAAUUCCCCCCAGUUUGCUUCCCUGUAUGUCGGGGAUUUACAUCCAGAUGUCACAGAGGCGAUGCUCUAUGAGAUCUUCAAUGCCGUCGGACCUGUGGCCUCCAUCCGAGUUUGCCGAGAUGCCGUGACGCGCAAGUCGUUGAGUUAUGGCUAUGUGAACUUCCACAGUGUUCCAGAUGCUGAGCGAGCUUUGGACACGCUGAAUUAUUCGAGCAUUCGAGGGCGUUCGUGCCGAAUCAUGUGGUGCCAACGUGACCCCACUUUGCGCAAGACAGGCGCUGGGAACAUCUACGUCAGCAAUCUUGACCCUAACAUUGAUAACAAGGCUUUGUAUGACACCUUUAGCCUGUUUGGCAAUAUCCUGUCCUGCAAAGUGGCUUCCGAUAGUUCUGGAAAGUCCCACGGCUAUGGAUUUGUGCAUUACGAAUUCGAGGAUGCAGCACGGCAGGCAAUUGAAAGGGUCAACGGCAUGAUGAUUGGAGACAAAGCAGUAACGGUAUGUUUGUUCCAGAAGCGGGACAAGGAUGCUGAAAAGCAAAACUUCACAAAUCUCUAUGUUAAGUACUACCCACAAGACUGGGACGAAGCAAAGCUCAUGGAGUUCUUUAGUCAGUGUGGCCCUGUUACCGCUGCUGCUGUGAAGAUAGACGAAAAAGGACGAAAAUUUGCGUUUGUGAACUAUGAGAGUAGCGACGAUGCCAAGAGAUGCGUGGAAGAAUUGCAUGGCAUGGACCUGCGAGAAGACAAGGAAGCACCCGAGGAGUUGGGUCCUGAUGGGCAUCCAGUUGGUCACCUCUACGUUCAGCGGGCGCAGACCAAAAAGGAACGACAGGCAGAGUUGCGAUCUCAAUUCUCAGACAACCGACCUCAGAACAAGGCCGUGAAUCUCUACGUUAAAAAUUUGGACACGACUGUGGAAGAUGCUGAUUUGAGGGAGUGGUUUGAGCCAUUUGGCAAGGUUACCUCAGCAUCAGUUGCAAAGGAUGCCGCUGGCAAGUGUAGAGGAUUUGGCUUCGUUUGCUUGAGCGCACCCGAGGAUGCCACGAAGGCCGUGACAGAGAUGCACCUCAAGGUGGUGAAGGGCAAGCCUCUGUACGUCGGCUUGGCUGAAAAAAAGGAGGCAAGACAAGAGCGGCUCCGCCAGCGAUUUACGCAGCCCGGCAACUAUGGGAACUACGGUGGCUACAACAGCUAUGGAGGCGGAAAAGGGAAGAAGGGCAAAGGCAAAGGUGGAUAUGGCAAGGACAUGGACAGUGCGGACAUGAUGGGACCCCAGCAAGGGAUGAUGAUGAACAACAUGAAUAUGCCUGGAAUGGGAAUGCCAAACAUGGGAGGCAUGAUGAGGCCACCGCAGAUGAUGGGCAUGAUGCAACCUCCAAUGAUGUGCAAAGGAGGUGGACAAAGUGCCGGCAACAUGAAGGGCGGCAUGCCUUGCAUGGGAAAGGGCCUGAUGCCUCCAAUGGGACCAGGAGCGAUGAACCCAAUGAUGGGCAUGCGGCCAAACAUGCCGAUGCCACCCAUGAUGAGGCCACCGGUGAAUCCGCAGCAGGUCGUGGCGCCUCCAAUCCAGAUGAGUGGACCAAUGCAGAAACAGAUGCUGGGCGAGAAGCUAUACCCAAUGGUCGCCAAGUACCAGCCGGAGUUGGCUGGAAAGAUCACAGGCAUGAUGCUGGAAAUGGACAACAACGAGCUGAUGCGUUUGUUGGAUUCCGAGCAGCAAGUUCGGAACAAGGUCGAUGAGGCUCUGCGUGUGAUCCAACAAGCUGGCCGUUACAAUUGA